AUGGAAUCGCCGCCCUCAGAUGCAAACUCUAAUGAGAGUCCACCAAAUCGAAACGACUUGUCAGCGCCGUCGUCCAACCAGGUUGAUAGACCCCGAGGGCGAGAGGCGAACGUCUAUGAUGCCGUCGCAGGUCGCAUCACGCUGAAUGGUCCCCUCAGCGACGCAGAAUCCGCCCGAAGCAGGAGCAAGCGUCGCCGCAGCUGGUCUGCCGGCCGCUACUCGUCGCGCGAUCCGCGACUAGCUCCGGAGGAGGUCCUGUUCAGACGCGAGGACGCCCCCGUCCGGUACGCCGAACACGACAUUUACUGGGCCAACGAGGACCUGCCGGACGGCGGGCUCGGCCAACUCCCCAACGGGGAUCUCUUGAAGUCGGUCCACGGCUAUGGCAGCAGGUUCUACGAGGCGGUGGCGGCCCGGUUGGGCCCUCCUUGUGUCGUGGGCACCAGACUUGUCGACGAACGGAGCAUGGACGAGACUGCCCUCCUCGCCUUUGGCAUUCUAAUCGAGGAGGCCUGCCGAGACGCCAUUGGCAAGAAGGGAGACCUGGCCUUUACUGAGGGAUCGACUGAGCAGCCGACCGCCGGAGUUGCCAAGGCCCAGCGGACUGGCGAUUUCGCCGCCGGUUGGGUUUCUCAGGGCGCCCGCGAAGUUGUUGACGAGGAUACUAACGUUACCUCGUCGCAUUCGGGCAGGAGGAAAAAGCGGAGGAAGGUGGCAGAGGCAAACCUGGGGGAGAAGUAUGUGCCCUAG